CAAUGUUGUUCGUGCAGUACCGUCGUGCCUCCUGCACAGUACAAGCCUCGUUCAUAUUUAUUCCCUAACAAUUAGAAAAUUUCCCUUCAGUAAUGUGAAGCCUCUAUGCACUCUAUCAGAGUUGACCAGCCUAACGGUGGGAUGCUCUCAAGGGCCGCCUCAAAAAAAAAGACUUCCAUUUGGUUCAGCGGUCCACCAUCGCAGUAUGGUGGACAAAUGCCUGCGCGCAUAGGAGCUUCAUGUGAACGAACCGCUUUGCAGCAGAAGGCGGCCAGAAGCCUGUACAGCAGCUGUUGUCCCCACACAAAGUGGAAGCAUAGGGAGGCGCUCCAGUGCUGCGCAAAGCCUUUCGGAAAAGGAAGCGAAACAGGCCGCCCAGAACACCAGGCUUUUGGCUGUCCCAGAAGACAACCAUGUUGAGACGAGGGCGGAAAAAAAUAAACA